AUGCUACCUCCAGCACGGAUUAUUACCAACGACUUUAUUCUAUAUUUUCCAUCGCCAUUGCACAGGCGCCGACUGGAGCUACUCAAGCAGUAUAUCCGCACGUACCCAGAGCUUCGCAGCCUCAUGGCGAUGGUGUUUUUGAUACACCAUUGCGGAAAAGUCUACGUCCAUCACGCUACUGCUAUGGCUUACUUUAUCUUGACUUUUUUUGUCGAAACCUUCCACAUACCUUCUCCCUUCGACGGUGAAGAUCGUGCAAAGGUGCUAUCCAUCAAGUCUCUGUCAAAGGGCGACGGAAGGACGCGCGGUAAACCGGUCAAGGAAACUAUAGCCUCCACGCUCCCACCUUCCCCAACGUCUGAAACACAGAUGCUCGUGCGCGGGUCAUGGGCUAAAGGGUUAGGUCAAGAAGCGCUAAUAGAUACGAAAUUCGACAUACCCGAACGGGUCCCCAUCGUGAUGCAGAGUGAACUUUACGAACCCAUGUUUUUUCAGUUGCGACUGGUUUCAAAGUAUAUGAACUGGGCGAGGGACUUCAACCGACAAUUCUACGUUUGUGUUCCAGCAGCUGGGCGUGCAGGUCGCCAUGCCGAGCUCCACCUCAGGAGAAACGCGACAUUCGAUAAACCCGAGUCGACCAUGGCAAUCAGAGCACAGGAGGCCGAACUCAUACGCGAUGGGAAACUCGAUCCCGAAGCGACUCCCCAGCACCUUAGGACAUGGGAUUGGAACGCUGCUCCGUUGGUUGUACAGGAUCCCUUCUGGCCUAUAAAUAACUUGGCUGCCGGUACCACGUUAAAGGAAUUUGGUCGGAUGAAGCAAAUGUACACCCUCUUCACUUCUCAGGUUAUGCUCGGAACCAGAUUCUCAGAGAUUCUAGCUAGCAUCCUUCGACCAGAUGUCGAACCCCCAAGUUUCCCUCACGAGUCACUCGUAUCGAAACUAUCAAUCCUUGAAUCUCCGUCUAAAUCCAGACAAAUGAACCCCGCAGAGCGAGAUAAACGGCCUGUCGGUCUCCCUCUGUCGGGUGAUCUCAUGUCGUCGCCACCGAAGGACUCGUCCUCAUUGAUGGUAUCGCCCCGUCAAUCUCGGUCUACGUGCGUGGAAAGCAAGCCCACAGUCGAGAGGUUGAAGAGGAGCCGGUCGCCGGAGAGUAUCCCGCCAAGCGAUAUAGUCUCCACAGCGAAUCCAUUGGCUAGGCUCAUAAAUUCGCGGCGGCGAGUAAUGUGGUCGUCGACAAAGGAGCAAGAAGACGCCGAAAUAAGUUCCGAAAGCUCGCAAGUCGAAGACGUCGUAGAAGAGUACAACCCGCUGAAGAAUAUCGAGCGGCGGUUGGAAAUCACCAGAUCUUCUGAUCCAGGACGUGAAGGUAGCUCGUGA